CGGAUUAGUCAGUGGGAAUUGCUAUGUGGACGCUCCUCUUCCUUCUGGGAUUUGCUCAUUCUGUCGACCAAGCCUUUGCGUCAUGGGUAGUCACAUACCCGCAAAGCUUGCAGAGCAUCCAUGGUUAUUGUGCCGUGAUCCCGUGCACCUUCAGUUUUCCCAGCAAUGUAGCCGUCACCGCUGGCAUCACGGCCAUCUGGUUCAAAGACCAUUCGGGCGAGCGGAUCACGAUUUACCAUUCGGCAACUCCUGCUAGUGCUGAUGCCCGAUUCCGAGGCCGCACAGAACUGCUGGGCGAUCCUCUCAAACGCAACUGCACCCUCCUCCUGAGAACCGUGACAAGCGAAGACAGCGGCAACUACUACUUCCGGUUUGAAAUCAGCGACGGGAAUCGCUGGUCCCAACAGAACGGGGUUCAGCUGACCGUCGCCAACAAGCCUGACCCGCCCACCAUUGCAGCUCCAGGAGAUCUGAACGAAGGGGUGACCGCGACUUUUGACUGCUCCAGUCCAUACGUCUGUCCAUACGGAAACAGCUCCCUGCAAUGGAUGGGCUACAACGCAGAGACCUCGCUUGUGACUGAGAUGGUCCAGCUGGACACUACGGCGGCGCUCAAGAAAGAAAGCCUCCGCACCUCACUUUCCUGGAAGGAUCACAACCAGAAGAUGAUCUGCGAGCUCUUUGUGGGGAUGCAGAGGGUGGCAGGGGGAAUCACACUCCGCGUGAAACAUGCCCCCAAAGGGGUGACAGUAAGCCUAAAACCACCAACUAAGAACAUCCGAGUGGGCGAUGCAGCAUCUCUGACAUGCAACGUUAGCAGCAGCUACCCAGAAGUCACUUCUUACCGGUGGUUCAAAGACGGUGUCCCCAGUGGAAAUGAGAAGGUUAAAUCCUUCCGGAGUAUUGCUCGUAACGAUUAUGGCCUGUACCACUGCGAGGCUGGAAAUUCUGUUGGCGCUGGGAUAGCUGAAGCAGUAACACUCUAUGUCUUCUCUGCGGUGCUGCAGGUGAGCCCUUCUUCUAGUGUAAGGGAAGGUGAGAAGGUCACGUUGACCUGUGAUGUUCCUGGGGAAGACAUGCAAGAGAUCCACUACAGCUGGUACAAGAACAACAUCUGGAUCAAGGAAGGCUCAGCCCGGAGCCUGGUUUUCCUCGAGGUUGCAGUCGGAGACACUGGCUAUUACUCAUGCAAAGUGCAGAAUGACAAAGGGAGUGAGAUGUCCCAAGCCAUCGGACUGAGCGUCUUCUAUCCUCCAAGGGCACCCUCACUCACCUUGUUCCAGGAGACGCAGGAAGGACGGUUGGCCAUCGUUUACUGCACGGUUGACAGCAACCCCCAGUCCACCCUGAGCCUUUACCGGGGCAAGCAGCUCAUUGCGACCACCAGUUCACACUCAGUUCCCAACCAACGGAUCAGUAUCACCACCACCCGUAACUCUUUGAAGCUGGAGAUCAAGAAGGUAAUCCCGGAAGAUGAGGGUGAAUACGAAUGCACGGCAACUAACACGUACGGGGAUGCCACCACCACACACUUGUUUGGCGCCCAAACUGCUAGAGUGGUGGUCCGCCCUUCCAACGAAUUAGCUGAAGGUGAGGAAGUCACUCUGGCUUGCCUGGCCACCUUGGGGCCAGAAGAAGAGAUCACUUACACAUGGUACAAGAAUGCCAAGUGGCUACAAGAGGGAAAGGAGAACUCCCUGGUUUUCCCAGCGGUGGCCAGCAGCGAUGCCGGAACGUUCCACUGCGUGGCCCGGAGCAAGAAAGGCAGUAACACAGCGCCUGCCGUGACUCUGCGUGUCUUGUAUUCUCCGCGGCUGCCUGUCAUGACCUCUUUGCUACAGACGCAAGGAGGCCAUCUGGGCAUCAUCCAGUGUACCGUUGACAGUGACCCACCAUCUGAGAUGGCUUUACACAAGGGCGACACACUCAUCGGCUCCACCAGCAGUGCCUGCUCGGCGGCUGACCCGAGGGUGACCGUGACCCCAUCGUACAAUGUGCUGAAGGUGACCAUCAGAGACGUGAUGAUGGAGGAUGAAGGGCCUUACAUGUGUUCUGCUCAAAACCGCUAUGGACACUCAACAGCCUCCAUGGAUUUCACUGCUGAAACUGCAAAAAUAACCGUUAAGCCGUCUCCAGAGGUGCGUGAAGGCGAGGCGCUCCAUCUGUCCUGUGCGAUGAGCAGCAAUUCCUCAACCCUGGCCAACUACACCUGGUACAAGGAUGGCUUGCUUCUCCCCGAGGCCUUUGGGGACUCCCUGGAGCUCCGGCGAGCGGAACGUGGAGACGCCGGGCUGUAUUCCUGCCGAGUGGAGACCCAGAGGGCCAGCAAAAGCUCCAGCUCUGUCGCCCUGUCUGUGCUGUACCCCCCUGGGACCCCUCAGGUGGCCGUCUUCAUGGAGACCAAGCGAGGAAGGGUGGCCAUCUUCCGUUGCUCAGUGGACAGCAAUCCCCCAGCCAAACUGGUUCUCUAUAAAGGGGAGGAGGUCACGGCCUCCAGCGCUUUGGAACCCAGCGUGGCCUCACGGAGGAUCAGCGUCACGGCCGCGCGUAAUGCCAUGCGGGUGGAGAUGAGAGAGAUUGUGCCGGAGGAUGAAGGCAGCUACAACCUCACGGCCACCAAUGCCUACGGCUCCUCCUCCAGAGUGCUGUACUUCCACGUGCAAACGGCCCGUGUUCUGGUCACCCCAUCCCCAGCACUGCUGGAAGGGGAUACAGCCAGCCUCACCUGUGACGUGAUGGGGAGUGCUCUGGAUGACUCCACGUUCUCCUGGUAUAAAAACAGCAGACGCAUCCCAGAGAGCAAUGGCAGCACCCUCGCCUUCCCACGCAUCGCCAGCGGAGAUACUGGGUCCUAUCACUGCAAGGCGCACGCUCCAGAUGAGACCAGCACAAGCGUCUCCUCAUCUGUCAGCCUCACUGUCUACUACCCGCCUCGGAAACCUCAGAUGACCUCCUUCCUUCAGACACAGGCCAAGCAAGUGGCCACCAUCCGUUGCACUGUUGAGAGUGAACCAGAGUCCCAACUGACCAUAUACAAGGGGAGAGAGCUCCUGGCUUCCAGCAUCACCUCCGGCAAUGCGCACAAUCAGCGGGUGAAGGUCUCUACCACGUACAACAGCUUGAGCGUGGAGAUCUGGGGCGUGGUCAUGGAGGAUGAAGGGGAGUAUGUCUGCUCUGCCACGAACAAGUAUGGAAAUGCAAGUUCCACCAUGACGUUCACCGCAGAGACUGCAAGGAUCUGGAUUUCUCCUCCGGACGUCCUUGAAGGGAACUCGGUGAACCUGACCUGUGCGGUGGACAGUGAUGCUGCUGGCGAGUCACACUAUACCUGGUAUAAGGACGGCACGUGGUACGCGGAAGGCUCAUCCGAGACCCUGGCAUUUCCCCACGCCGAUAUUGCUGACACCGGAUCCUACUAUUGCACAGUGAAGACUCGGGAAAAGAUCCGGAAUUCUUCCUUGGGCACUCUAAAUGUCUUCUAUCCACCCAGGAAUGCCCAGGUGAAGUCAUUUUUGGAGACACGAAGAGCUCAGCUGGCCAGUAUCGUGUGCACCGUCGACAGUAACCCCCCGUCUGCACUGCUGCUCCGCCGAGCCGGGGACGUCCUCGCAGCCAGCGCCUUCCGAAUCAGAGGGGGGCCUGACCCAAGGCUGAGCACGGCUUCGUCCCUGAACUCCUUGCGACUUGAGAUCACAGGGGUCGGCCUGGAAGAUGAAGGGGUGUACGAGUGCGUGGCAAGCAACGGUGUUGGCGAGGCGAGCACCUCCUUAGACUUCCGUGUGGAGACUACAAGGGUUGUGAUCAAGCCGGGCCCGGAGGUGCGCGAAGGGGAUCGUGUCUCCCUCACCUGCGAAGACACAAGCUCCUCGUCUACCGCUGCUUACACUUGGUACAAGAACUCCCAAUGGCUGUCCGAGGGCUCGGCCAACUCCCUCCUGUUCCAGGCUGUGGUCACCAGUGACGGGGGCUCCUACGCCUGCCAAGCUCAUCAUGAGCGGGGGAUCAGGAAAGCUCCGCCUGUCAACCUGCACGUGCUCUAUGCUCCGAAGAAGCCCUCCCUGACCUCCUUCCUGGAGAUGCAGUCCAGCAACCGGGCCAUCAUACAAUGCACCGUUGAGAGCCACCCACCCUCGGAUUUAGCCCUAUACAGGGGGAGCGUGAUUGUGGCUUCCAGCAGGAAUUCCAGGAUUUUGCCCACCUGGCGGCUCAACGUCCACUCGGCCCAUAACUCCCUGAAACUGGAAAUCCAGGAGGUCCUUCUGGAGGAUGAAGGGCAGUACCACUGCUUAGCCAACAACACAUACGGGAACUCAGCGGCCUCCUUGCACUUCGGCGUGGAGAGUGCAAGGGUCACAAUCGACCCCGCUCCAGAUAUCCAGGAAGGAGCCACGGCCAACUUGACCUGUGUGGUUGCCAGCCAGGCGAUGGUGGAAAGGAACUACACCUGGUACAAGAACAGCAGAUGGCUCCAGGAGAGCUCUGACCAGUCACUCAUGCUGGCUGGCGUGAGCAAGGUGGAUACUGGCUCGUACCACUGCCAGGCAGCGGGGAGGACGGGAAGCGCGACGUCUGCCUUGGUCAACGUCAACGUGCUUUACGCACCCACGAGUCUCUCCUUAAGUGCCUACCUGGACAAUCAAAAGGGAAAAGUGGGCAUCCUUUCCUGCAGAGUGGACAGCCACCCACGCUCUAGACUGACCUUGUACAAAGGAGGACAACUCAUGGCGGACAGCAAGAGUUCCCACUCAGCGGCUGGUCAGCGCUUCCUCGUGCUUCCCUCCUACAACAGCCUGAGGCUGGAGAUCCGAGACAUCCGGGCAGAGGAUUCCGGGCAGUACGCAUGCCAGGCUAGCAACCGGUUUGGCAACACAACCAGUGUCAUCGACUUCAGCGCAGGGACACUCUCCGACCUUCACAUGUUCAAGAUCCUGGCGGGAAUAUUCAUUGCCUUGACUUGUGCAGCUGUUCUCUGUGGCUUGGUCCUCGGUGUGGCAAGAAACUGGGCCUGGAUGAACGAAGAGUGGAAAAAAUGGAAACAGAUGAAAAGCAAGAAGGAAGAAUCAGCAGAGGUGGACAAUAAAGAAGACACAGUCCAGCUGAAUGAGCAAAACCCUGAAACGCCUCCAUCUGGACGAUUCUGCCUCUCCUACAGGCGGCUGCAGGUGAAGACCAAAACUCCCCCCAGAGAAGACCCACCUGGACAGACCACUACAAGUGACUUGUGAACAAUGGGAAGACAACCCCGGUGGGAGCUGGAACAGCCCAGGGACACAGCCAGUCAUGAAGAAUGAGGGGGACAGAGACAGUCCUCUGAAGGUUGACACUCCGGAUAUGAGGUUGACCCUGUCUCCAAAGGACCCACAGCCUUUUCCCUUCCAUGCAUCCCAUUUUCCGCAUGAAAAGUUCCACUGAUUCGAAAUCUCAAGUUCCAAUUUGGAUUUUGAACAUUUAGAUUUCAUUUUGUGAAAUUUGGCAUUGACUGAUAAAAAAAAUAUGAAGGUGAUGACCCAAUCCUCCAGCUUCUUUUCCCAACCCUUCCCCUCUGCACAUGCUGUACUGAGCAUGGAGUUCCCCUCCCAUGCAUACAGCGCUGUGAAUGCAGACCUGGAGGGGGGGUGCACCCAUGAUGGACUGGGCCUCCACAGCCCUCAUUUUAGGGCCUAAAGCGUAGGCACUUGUUUAAGUAUCAGCUUGCCAGUGUCAAUAUAUCUUGCGGCGGGGGGGGGGGGUCAAAAACAAUGCCAUGGCCACCCCAUGCUCCAUCAACACUAUAUGCUUCUAAAUUGUACAUAACUUCACACCUCCAGCAGCACCGUUAUCUGUACACAGGCAACUCCAUCUGCAACAGUGCCACCAUCUCCUCCAGACGUAUUGGACUACAACUCCCAUAAUCUCCUGACAGGUGGUUGAGGAUUAUGGGAGUUGUAUUCCCACCACAUCUGGAGGGAACCAGGUUGGGGUAGGUUCCCUUAACCUCUGUCCUUAUCUAUGUCAAGUCAACAUCAUUGCUGCCUCUGCCAUCACUGCCACUUACCCUGUCACUGUCAUCGCUGCUAAAUCCAUCAGCAGCGUCUCGAAUAGCAUUCUUUCAGUUCUGCUGCCAUCAGCACCACCUCUGCUGUGCCAUCACCACAAGCCUGACUUCAGACAUGUCUUUACUGCAUC